UCAACCCGCUCAGCCAAUCAGAAUCCCGAUUUAUGUAACCGGAAACGAUGUUACGAAAACAAACGCACUGUGCAGCGUGACAGCGAGAAACCAAGCAACGUGAAUUCACAGAGACAUUUUCACAUCAGACAUGCUGAAAGCUGUGGGACAAGCUCUGUUCUCGACAGGUCUGCAGAAUCCUAAAUUCACAGCAGAGGAGAAACAGGGUCAAGACUAUGAGGUUCGUACCUACCAGGCCACUAAGUGGGUGAGCACCACUGUGAGCGGGAUGCAGUGGGAUGCAGCCAUGAACACCGGCUUCCGCCGACUCUUCAGCUACAUUCAAGGCAACAAUCACAACAAGGUGAAAGUGGACAUGACGGCCCCCGUGUCGUGCCGCGUGGAUCCUGGAGCCGGCCCUGCAUGUGAAUCUCAGUUCACCAUAUCCUUUUACAUCCCAGAAGAGCAUCAGGACAGUCCACCGGAGCCGAGCGACGCAGAGGUGUAUGUGGAGCAGAGGAAAGAGUUCACAGCUUAUGUCAGGACAUACGGUGGUUUCUCUAAUGAGAAAAUGAAGCGUGAAGAGCUCAUGAAACUUAUGGAAAGCCUGCAGAGGGAUGGAGUCCCAUAUAUGGAGAAGCCGUUUUACGCAGCCGGGUACGACAGUCCCUUCAAACUGACCAACCGCAGAAACGAGGUCUGGGUGCUCAAGAAGGAGCAGGAGUAGGAAAUUUAAAUGUCAUGCCACACUCUACAACACUAUAACUACAGAGCCACAAAAAAUAUAUCUUUUGAUAAUACUUGAUGAAUUUCAGACAGUUUGAUAACACUUAUUGAUGUCCAAAGGAGAAAAAAAUGAAGUAUGAUGGAUGAAAUUGAAGUUUUUAAGGUCAACAACCAGCAUUUCUCUGUUUUGUUUUAUUUUCUACUGAAUUAUAGAUUUACUGAAAGUCUUGAUGAAGAGACAAAGCAGAUGAUUACAAGACGAUUACUCUUAGAGUCGAUUAAUAAACCGUCAGGAGGGAAAAACUGGAUACAGUGGAACAAUUUCUCCAGCAGAUGGAGCCAUAAAGUCAGAAAAACAUUUGGUGCAUCUCGUUACAACAAAAACCACAAAAGUGCCUCGUUAGAAAUACACUAACUUUCUGUUUUUGUUUUGUGGAUAUUGUUUAUUGCGUUUAUUCUUUGAGGUGAGG